UUGUGAUGUGAUUAAAAAGAUUUUCUUUGAUAUCACUAUUCUGUUUGAAAGUCGAAAGUUUCGGGUAUCAUUUCAUGCAAAGAGUUGAGUGAUAAACGUGGAAACCGCUUGGUAAUUAAAAGAAAGAAAACAAAGAGAAACUGUCACUUGCCUAUACGCCCUUUUGAAAAAUUAACCGAGAAAUGAGCUCAACAUUGACUGUUCGUGAAGAUUAUUAGAAUCAAGAAGCAAAACAAUAACAUUGCAAUGAACCCGGUGUAUAUCAUUAUUAUUUUUGUGUUAAAUAAUAGUUUACUUGUGUUUGGUGGACUAUCAGGAAUUUAUGUUGAUAAUGGAGUAGGACAGACUGUAAUGGAUGUAUCAAUGACCAGUGAUGAUCAGCAGGAAAUUGAACACGAAAUAUUAGAGCUUCUAGGACUUCCUGACAGACCACAUAAACUUCAUCUGCAUUCUUCAAUCAGCAAAUCAGCACCGCAGUUUUUGUUAAGUAUCUACGACAAACUAUCGCAUCAAACAAGCGGUUAUCAUGCUCGUUAUACAAGAAGCCCUGAUACUAAACACGAUAUUUUCACACAAAUGGACAACGAAGCCAUAGACCAAAGCGAUAUUAUAAUGACAUUUUUGAACAAAAAUCAUCAUGUAUCCGAGAUACGCCAUGAAAAAGGAAGACGACUGUGGUUUGAAACUAAUAGUUUAAACGAUGGUGUGGAGUUAAUAUUUGCUGAGCUGCGGCUUCGUAAAUGUAUCGAACCCAGGAAACACACAUACAAUACAGAAAACUUUACUGUUGCAGUUUACUCCAUUACUAACCUUGAUGGACAAGAAAUACUACUGAAGCUGUCAGAAAUAGAUGUAUCACCAGAAUUUGAUGGAUGGAUCGAGCUCAAUGUUACUUCUGCAGUUUUGGAUUGGACAAAUAACGAACAAUUAAAUAGAGGAUUAUACGUCGAAGCAUAUUCCAAAUUACGGACAGACAAAGAGAUAAAAUUAGAUGACAUUGGUAUAGUUAGCUCAAAAGGGAACGAUAAAUAUCAACCUUUUCUGGUAACAUAUUGCAAAGGAUCUCAGGUUGUAAAGCCCGUUUUUCAUAUUCACUCGAGAAGUAAACGAAAUGUUCAACGGAAACGAAAAAAUAAGACCGAGGCCCGAAAUCCGCUAACCGAUCCAAUUACCGACCAUUACAAAAGUUGUCAAAUAAAAACGUUAUAUGUGAGCUUCAAAGAUUUGAAUUGGCAGGAUUGGAUAAUUGCUCCAGAGGGAUAUGGUGCAUUUUAUUGCAGUGGCGAAUGCAAUUUCCCGUUGAAUGCUCAUAUGAAUGCAACAAAUCACGCAAUUGUACAAACUCUUGUACAUCUCAUGCAUCCUAGCAAGGUCCCAAAACCGUGUUGUGCUCCUACUAAACUGAGCCCGAUAUCUGUCUUGUAUCACAUUGACGAAUCAAACGUAAAUCUAAAAAAAUAUAAAAAUAUGGUGGUCAAAAGUUGUGGAUGCCAUUAACCGAAAUCAAUCUGGGAUUAUUAUUAGAAUGUGAUAUUACCCGUGCCACAAAAUAACUUAUAUACGAACGAAUGAAAUAAAUUUCUUGCUACGAAUAA